AACAUCAUAUAUCCAUAAUGGCUUUACAAGACGUUGUUACCCGUGAAUACACCAUUAACUUGCACAAGAGAUUACACGGUGUCCACUUCAAGAAGAGAGCUCCAAAGGCUGUCAAGGAAAUCAAGAAGUUCGCCACUUUACACAUGGGUACCACUGAUGUCAGAUUAGACCCAAAGUUGAACGUCCAAUUAUGGAAGAGAGGUGUCCAAGGUGUUGAACACAGAUUAAGAUUAAGAAUCUCCAGAAAGAGAAACGACGAAGAAGAUGCCAGAGAAAAGUUGUUUGCUUACGUUGAACCAGUUAUUGUUCCAACCACCAAAGGUUUACAAACUGUCGUUGUUGAAGAUGAUGCUUAAACGUGUCUAUUGAAACAAUUAUCAUAUUCAUAGUUUGUAUAAUAAUAUAU